AUGAGUGAAAGUAUUAAAGCUAAUAGCGAAGACCAUAAAGAAGGCAAAAAUGAUCGUUCUUCCAAUGGAAUUCUCGCCUCGGACGAUGAAAGAGUAUUAGCUCAAAAGGCGCUCUUACAAUUUCAUUCUCGUAAAUAUGAAGAAUGUUUACGAACAAUCAAUGAAUUGUUAGAAAUUCGUCAAAAUGAUCCCAAAGUCUGUCACAAUCUAGGAGUCGCUCAAUUCUAUAAAUCUAGCUGUACCAAAUUGGAUGAAUUAACAAAAGUCUUCGACAGUGUCUUAAUUCAGCCUCGUUAUGAGUUUUUACCCACGUGGUUUUCAGGUGAAAAUGGUGAAGAUCAAGAUAGUGUGGAUGAAUUUGAUCAGGCUGCUUUAAACUACAAUAAAGCUUUAAUUCUCUAUUUUUUUAGACAAUACGAAAAAGCUUCUGAUAUUAUCGAAGGUUUAUUCAAAAUUAUUGAACCCUUAGACGAAAAUCUAGCCUGUAAGAUUUGUUUUCUUGCUGCAGACUUAAGUUUUGCAACACGGCAGGCAAAUAUGGCCGGUGAGAAACUAGCAUAUAUUGAAAAAAUGAUUACCUCUAGCGAAAAAGGAUCAACAAAUCAACAUCAUGAAAAAUCUGAGACCUUUUUCACAGUGGGCGGUGGAACAAAGCACGGUUUACAAUCAGAAAGCUUACAAAUGAAGUUUAAUCAGAUGAAGAAGCAUAAUUUGGCUGCUUUAUACUGUAAGAAGGCAAUGAAUGUCAAUGAGGAAUGUAUACAAAAGCCCAAUGAUAGUGGUAACAUUAAUAGUCUAUCAGCGGUCCAAGCUUUAAAUCGUCACUAUGAACUUUUGUAUAAUAUUGGUAUUGAAUUACUGUUUUCUAAUCGGCCUCUUCCGGGAUUCGAAGCUUUAAUCCAGUGUAUGCAAGCCUUCAACACUGAUCCAAAAUAUUGGUUUCGUAUAGCUGAAUGCUGUAUUAGCGCAUACCGUAUGGGUGAAGAAGAAAUUGCUGCCAAAGCUCAAAAUAAGAGUUAUAUAGUCAGCACUGUUGUAGGAGUUGGCCAACAUCAAAAAACAGUCUUAAAACCUACUGCAGAUUAUUCGUAUAGAUAUUUGCCUCCUUCCCAUGGUAUUUCUGUUGCUAAUCCUGAACCGUCAUUGAAAUUUGCUCUUCCAUGUUUAAAAAAUGCGUUGCUCUUGUUAUCAAGUGUAAAUUAUAAUAAUAAUGAUCAAGCGAUACAAAGGAACGACAAUUCACGGUCAAGGGCAAAAGUUUACUUUUCCCCUUCCGCUGCUGGAAUGAAUGCGCAUGACAUCAUUGCGCUAAGGUAUGCAAUUCUUGCUGCCAUUGCAUUCGUUUCGUUGCAAUUGGGAGAACUUGUCUUAGCUUUAGAACGUAGUAAAGAGUUACUUGCCUUGCCUUCUCUACCUGGAUUAUAUAGAUAUCUGGGUCAUAUGUACGCAGCAGAAGCGUUAAUACGUUUGAAUAAAAUUGAUGAGGCAGUACAGCAUUUAUCGCCGGAAACAAUUACUGAUAUCUCUUGUUCAUUUUCAACACAACCCGAAACAACGUCAGAAAAUAAGACUGAAGCCGAUAACAUUAGCUCAGCAGCAACACGACACAAAUUUCCUAGAACAAUAGAAUCUGCUCGUGCAUUAAUGUUUGUCAAUUUAGCCAGUGCAUAUUGCUUGCAGAGAAAGCCAGAGAAAGCCCGGAAGUGUAUAGAACAGGCAUCAGUACUUCGGCUAGAAAAAGAGCACAUACCUGGAGCUGUUCUGAUUUCGAUCUAUAUUGAGCUUGCAAAUGGUAAUGUGGCUUCUGCAUUGGAAGUCCUCAAACGUCAGCAGUUAUAUCCGUUUCAAAGAAAUAAUGGUAGUAAGAAUAUACGAAAUAGUUAA